CGGCGAUGUUCCGGGGAACGUCGGGUCCGACGGGCGUCCGUCGGUGUCGGCAGUCGUCGCGGCGCCGCGACCGAGAAGACCGGGACGAGCGGAACGGUCGGGAGCACCGGGAGAGACGCAGCAGGGACGAAACAGAUCCAGGCGGACUGUUAAGACCGGAGGAAGUCAGAACACCGACCGCCGGACUGCGACCGAGGCGAGGCGCGUAACGCAGCACCGUCGGCGAUGGAGUCGGACGGGCGGCGAAAAACGGCGUCGCCUGCGCCGCGCCGGGCGGCCGACUGACGGAGCGGCCGCAGGCACGUCGGGCCCGUUUUUCGUGGCGAUGUCGGCCGGGUCAUUAGGGGCCGAGUCGGCGCCGACUGCGGAUCGGCCCGCCGGCUAGCCGACGAGAGGUGACGUCAUGGUUCGGCGGUGGAGGCCGCUGCUGGCGGCGCUGCUCGUGGCGGUGGUGGGGGCGGGAACUGAGCGGGCUGACAAUGCCACCGGCUGUGUCUGGACGGCCCGGCCGCCGGCCGUCACCUGCCACUGGCGGCACGUGGCCGGUGAGGACGCCGUGGUCCCCGAGGAGGGACACCGGCUGGCCGGCCAGGUGUCCUCUGUGACCGUCUCCUGCAGUCGGCGGCACUUCUUCCACAGCCAGCUCGGAGCGGGCGCGUUCGCCGGGCUGGAGGGCGUGCGGCACCUGAAGGUGCUCCACUGCAAGCUAGAUGAGCUGGCCAGAGAGCCUCUGGCGCCGCUGUCCGACCUCCGAGAGCUCACCGUCAGAACGGGCAACUCCGACUGGGGAUCACGACAGCUGCGGGUGCCUCCGCGGGCCCUCGCCGGCCUGCGGCAGCUGCGCAAACUCGACCUCAGCUUCAACGGCAUGCAGAAACUGGAAGUGGACUCGCUGUGUGGCGCUCCGAAUCUUCAUCGCGUCAUCCUGGCGCAUAAUUCGCUGGAAGUGUGUCAGAUCGGGCUGUCAGGCUGCCCCAGCAAAGUCCACCACCUCGAUCUAUCGCACAAUCAGCUCGGCGACAUCCCCUCGGGCUGCCUCUCCGGGCUGCGUCACCUGCGCUCCCUGCGACUCAGCCACAACCGGAUCCGGGCUCUGGGAGCUGCGGCGUUCGAGGCGCUGCCGCAGCUGCGGGCCGCCAUGAUCGAGUCGAACCAGGUGAGGCACGUCGCCGAGACCGCCUUCUCACAGAACACUGAGCUGCGCCGACUCGAGCUGCAGGACAACGAGAUCGAGCGGCUCGGCGCGACCACGCUGCGCAGCCUGCGGCACCUGACGCUGCUCAACAUGUCGCAUAACGCUCUCGGCACGGACAACGGCUCGGUGUCUCUGCGUGGCGCGCUGCGGCUCACCGUCCUCGACUUAUCCCACAACUCCCUACCCGAGCUCCCGGAGCUGGAUGGACUCUUCAGUCUGCAGGCCCUCAACCUCUCCAACAACCGGAUCUCCUCCGUCAGCGGCGAGCAACUCGAGCAGCUGGUCAACCUCGGCACACUGGAUCUGAGCGCCAACUGGGUGCAGCGUCUGCCGACGCUGGCGCUCCGAGGACUGGCGCAGCUCACACUCGCACAGAAUCAGAUCCAGACGGUGGCUCCGGCGGCGCUUGUGGGCUGCGCGGCGCUGCGCAGUCUGGACCUGACCGACAACCUGCUGCAGACCAUGCCGUCCACGGUGUAUCAGCUGAGGUAUCUGGAGGAGCUGAAAAUUGCCGGUAACAGGCUGGAGAGAAUCAUUCCGCGGUACGAAGCAAGGGGCAGGGGUGGACUAACGCGGCUCCUUACGUUGGAUCUAUCCAGAAACAACAUAACCACGAUACAAAGCACCGACCUACUGCCCAUGUGGAACGUUCGCUGGCUCGAUCUCGGAGACAACAACAUCUCUAGCGUUGCAGUGGGAACUUUCCAGAAACUAGGUGCGAUCUCGAUGCUGCGGUUAGCAGGAAAUCACAUCAGAGAGGUCGGCCAGCUGUUCAUGGCGAUGAAAACGCUACAUCAUCUGGAUCUAUCUCGUAAUCAAAUCACUUACUUUGACCUCGGAAUGAUUCCUCGAACUUUGCGUUACCUUGAUUUAGGUUUCAAUAAUCUGCCAACGCUGAAUAACACCUUCAACGUUGAAAAUAUUAUCGAGUUAGAAGUUCUGAACCUGACAAACAACGCCAUAAACGAACUAGCAGCUGGUGUCGUGCCGGCCCGCCUAGAACGGCUAAUACUCAGUCACAAUAACAUUUCAAAGAUAGCCAGCGACGUUUUCAACAAUCGGACCGGCCUGAAGUUGGUAGACCUCAGCUGGAACAAACUCCGUGCUCUGAAUGACUUCCCGUUCAAGAACCGGUCCCUGAAACUGGGUGGAAAUCCCCUGAUGUGCGACUGCACGAUGGAAUGGCUACUGACCGGUUCAACGAACAUCAUCGAUCGCCAUCAGAUCACCUGUGAAGUAGCCGACAGCCGGUGGCGGGGUCCCCGUUCGCUGGCCGCCAUGUCCCGGUCCAUGUUCUUGUGUCAGUACGAGACGCAUUGCUUUGCGCUGUGCUUCUGCUGCGAGUUUGACGCGUGCGACUGCGAGAUGGCGUGUCCCGAGGGCUGCUCCUGCUUCAAUGACCACCUCUGGAGUGUCAACAGAGUCGACUGCUCCCACCAGAACCACUCUCAGAUCCCGCAGCCGAUGCCGAUGGACGCCACGGAUGUCUUUUUGGACGGUAAUGCCAUUGCCUCGCUGGGAAACCACGUUCUAAUCGGACGCAAAUUCAUGCAGAGGCUGUACCUGAACAACUCAGACAUCGACGCUGUCGACAACAAAACCUUCAACGGACUAACUGGACUGCAGGAGCUGCAUCUACAGCACAACCGCAUCCACACGCUGGUCGGGUACGAGUUUGAAGACCUCUCUAGUCUGCGUCUCCUCUACCUGCACCACAACCAAAUCGCCUGGCUCAACGCCAGCGUGUUCCAGCCUCUUCAGCAGCUUCAGGAGCUGACCCUGCACCACAAUCAGCUGACUGAGCUCGAUCACUGGCCGUUCCUGUCCAACCAGGCGCUGUCGCUGCUCACGCUCUCUGAGAACCCCUGGAGCUGCGGCUGCAGUCAUCUGCGCCAGCUGGGAGACUGGCUACGCGCGGCUGCCGACCGGGUCCCCGACGCGACUGCGGUGACCUGCUAUGACCCAGUGGUGUCCGCGGUCGGUCCUCCGCUCCUGGAGGGGCCCCAGGAAGACUGCCGCCGCCUGCCGACGGCGGUGCUCUCCCAGCGCAGAGACGUGUACGUGUCUCUUUCCCUGUUUGCCGUCCUCUCCGCCAGCGCGCUCCUCCUGUUGGCGGCGUGUGUGUUCCUGUUCAGACGUCAGAUUCGGUACCUCCUGUUCACCGAGCUGAACGUGCGGCUCGGCGAGGCCGACGACGGCGAGGGCAGCAUGUUCGAUGUGUUCGUCAGUCACGGCAGCAAGGACACGCAGCUGGCCAGUCAGCUGGUGGCCGAGUUGGAGACGGGCCACCCGCCGUACCGCUGCUGCGUGCUGCACCGGGAUGUGCCACCGCAGCCGGCCGCCAUUCGGCGCGCGGCCGCCGCCAGCCGCCGCGUGCUGCUCGUCGUCACACAGAACUUCCUCGACAACGAGUGGUGCCACUUCGCCUUCAAGUCGGCGCACACGGAGGCGGCGGUGAGCGGCCGGCGGAGGCUGGUGGUCGUGUGUGACGGUGGUCUGCCGGACGCCGACACCGACCAGGAGAUGACCCUGCUGCUGCGCACACACCCGGUGGUCAGGUGGGGCGAGAAGCGCUUCUGGCAGGCGCUGCGCUACCGCCUGCCCCGGCCUCGCGGCGCCCCGCCUGCCGAGCCGUGGUGGCGCCGGUGGCGGCUGUCGCGGGCCGGAGCCGACUCCAGUCUGACACGGUCUGUCAGCUCGUCAGUGCUCUGCGAGCCCGUGGAGGGCGUCGAGACACUCGAUCACCCCGAGAAGGGCUCCGCCGCCGAGACGAGCGCUCUCGUCCCCGCCAAAACGCCCGUCUCCAGCCAGGUACCGAGUCUGUACGUGGAAAAGUACGAUAACUCGCGCGUCUACUACACAAUAGACUUCCACGAGCGCUCGUCAGGGGACGAAUCCGUCCCGCCGGCCGCGCGACAUGCCACGCUGCACACCUAUCAGAACAGUGACGGGGGCGGCUCGCCGCGAGCUUUCGAUGCCUCGCCGCGGCAGUGUCUGUCCGGCGGCGGUGGGCCGCUCGUGUGGCUGGAUAGGCCGGACGAUGGCCGCGUCCCAGAGGCAGUGUACGAUGAUGUGGCGGGCGAGGGGGCGCGACCCGAGCCGGACGCGCCCGGGUACGUGCCGGCCAGCUGGGUGUUUUACUCUGUCCGCCGACCGUCCGGCAGCCGCAGAAACAGGCACUCCGGCCAGACGUAUCUCGUCUAGAGGGUGGCACUACCCACAUACCUGGUGUUUCGUCCAUGCGUCCAGUUAUUGAGGAAUGCGCUCGUGUAUGUAUUGAUGCCAAUAUGGUCGGUCGCGUCCACGUGUUAUUUGCUGUGUAAAUGCUACGUGACGAUCUCAUGAUGAUCUCAGCUGUCCCGAGUAUUACAAUUUAUUUCUAGUUUGUGUAGAUAAUAAAUACAUUUUUAUGAUAUGAA